CCCGGCUGCACUUGAUGUUGCGAGCAUGGUUGGAUCUGAAGAUGGAGGAGCAGCAAAUGUUGCUAUCAAUCCUCGAGGAGAUCAUCGAGAACGAGAUCCAUCAAGAGUGAAGCAUCAUUUGCAGAACAACAGCAAGGGGAUACCAAGCGACGAGAAGGGUGUGGUCAAUAUUGACACUUCCGGAGGAGCUGAUGUGCCAGAGAGGCAAGAGUCCUCGAAUGGUGAAAACAUCAAUGGAGGAAGCAAGCUCGAUGAAACUCGUGCUGUCAUCUACAAUGUGAGUGCUAGGAGUGGUGCUGCAAGCUCAGCAGGGUAUAGUGAAGAUCCUAUCGCGUCAACCUCAUCACGACUCGAGGCGUCAGAAUCAGAAAGUGGACCUCUUGCCGUCUUGUCGGUUUUUGUACGCGCGCCGUACGUCUUUCUCAUUAGUAUGAUGAACGUGGGCUUCGGUACAUCACUUGCGGUCAUACUGGCCUACGCAAAUGUACUUAUGCAGCACGUGGUCUAAGUUUUCUUCGCGUAACUCAGCACAUGAAUGAUCGGCAUAUCACUCGAUGUGCAAAUCUACAGAUACAUACAUGUGAAGCCUAAACGAACCCUAAAAAACCAAGCCCUCAGCUCGUAUGCCUGUGCGCCGCUCGGCUUCAUCUCGAGCAUACUCUCCCAGCGAUUGUUCCCCUAGGACAACUGACCUUCUCUUCUCUCUUCUCUCUUCUCUUCAUUUCUCGCAUUGUGAAAGCUGGUUUUGGCGGCGAGGACGCUUAUGUUGCGUACUUUGCGGCGGUGCCUGUGGUUGUGGCCAUCAUAUUUACCUUCGUGACGAACUUCACUCCUGUCGGUGGUAACUGGAUUCCGGCGGCGGUUUGCUCUGCUGCGAUGGUAUUUGUACCGCACUGCCUUUGGCUCGGCAUCGUAACGACCCCGGCCGAAGCAGACUCCGAUACCAAGCAACAGUCAUUAAUGCUGAAAUAGAUUUUUAAUGACCUUGUGAAAAAAUAGGGAACAAGUCAUCGAACGCAGCUCUUAAAACGAAGAUGAAAUGUGACUUGAUUUAUACUUGUUAGCCUACUACCAGCUUGUGACAUUGCAAGAUACAUAAUGACUUUUUUCUCAAGAAGAGAGAGAGUUUCUUGAAUUCUAAGGCCAAUGAAAUUGUUAGCCUACUACUUCUACUAUGAUUUACACGUCUUGCGGGACCGGGAUUUCUGUCACAGGUCUACUCUGAGUAGUCUAAAGUUUGCUCUCGCAGUUGGCGGCGCCUCUUCCGCACUUGGUGGUGUACCUAGAGCUAAAGACCACGGGGAGGCGCAAGAAGACGAGACUUAUCCUUUCCCUUGGUUCCCUCCACCUUUAGCUGAUUUUUUCACGGGCUCAAGGUCCUCGUCAUCAAGUUUGCAGUCUAACAGCAAAAGCAGCUCUCCUUCUUCUUUCGCAUCAAGUACAACUAUGGGUGUAGCGAAUUCAUCUCCAAAGUCAUCUGGAAGAGAAAAGACAAGAGGAAAAUGGCAGCCAGAUGAUCCCCGAGAUGGAUUCCGUAUGCCUCUAAUACGCCAACAAAUUACUCCGCGUUGUGGCUGUACGUGAGUCAAGGCAUCGUGCGGAGUAUUUUUGAGUCGGGGAAUCGCGCGAUAUUCCUCGAAGUUUUCUCUGGGACCCCUUUCGUCGCCGCAGCCUUCGCUUCAAUCAUGGUUACCCAUACACUUGCCGUAGCUGGGAGCCUAUUUUUCGCGGCAGUGCACGCUUAUGCUUCAGAGGAUUUCGAUUUCAUUGCCACUUACCUACAAAUUUCAAUUUUUGAUAAACGGCAGGUGGUGCUCGUGCUAAUUUCAUGGGCAUGUCAUAUGCAACGAACUACAUGGUUCUGGUUGUGAUAUCAUUGAUGCACCUUCAACUCUUGACUUUGAUAUUGAAUCAAUAUCAAUGAAUAAGUAUCCUUUACUAGAUGAACGAAGUUUUUAUGCUGUAGCGCCGCAUCUGAUCCCCUCUAAAUACGGGACCGGCCGCUUCUAGUACGCGACGUCUUGGGAUCCCUGACUCUUGUGGUUGGCAUCCUUUGUUUACCAGGAUACUUGGUCGCCAAGGGCUGUGCAGCAAAGGACAAGGCUCGUCCGAGGUUGCCAGAUGGGUCAUUUGAGUAGGGGAACACUGUUGAGGAACUACUUUUUCAUUUCAUUUCAUCUUGAAUCAUCAUUGUCCCUUGUGAGCUUCUUUAUCUGGUGUUUAACAUUUGUGCUUUGUCCUCCUGGUGUUAGGUACUAGCACUCUAUCCUAGACGACGAACAUUUGUGCUCUGUCCUGCUGGUGUUAGGUACUAGCACUCUAUCCUAGACGGCGUUGUGGAGAAGUGCUCGCGCCUCCUCUGUUUUCAUCAUUGUUGUUCUGCAGUGUACUCUCUCUGUCUCUUUCUCUAUAAGAGGUUUACGACUAGUCUAUCAGGUGCGUCCAUUAGCACCUAUAAUACCGCUAGUCUUUUUUUUUGUCGAUAAUUUCUUUGGUUUUUUGUCGAUGAUUUCUUUGGUCUGCGUCAGAUGCUGACCAUAGGCAAACACGACUAGAUCAGAAAGGCAAUGAUGCUUUUUAGAGGCUCCUGUUGUAUUUGCGAGUCGGUUUUUCAGUCUUUUUUCCUCGAAUUUACUCGUAGUGGUUUUUGUUUCCCAUUCUGAAAAUCUUUCUGGCUCUAUGGUUGUAUUUAUCGUAACUAUGUAUGAGCAAAUCUCUACUAGUAUUGGCUGGCCUUUCGUUGACCAUCUAUCCACAACUAAACGGACAAUUAAAAAGUAAGACGAAAUUGAUGAACUUUGUCCUUUUGAAGUGCAGUUUGGAAGUGUGCCAGGAGGAGCAUGUCAAAGUUGUUAUGUGGAAUUUUCGAUGGUAGAGGCGUAUCCAGGGAGUGUCACUGUUGUGGCAUCGGUCGAGAAACCUUCAUCUUGCGAUGUACGCUACAUUGGGUUGCUCACCACAAGUCCUGCUGAAAACAAGACUCAAUUAUUGAACGAUAUUACCCUGUUAAGCACGUACAGUCCGUCGCUUUACUAAUCUUACAUCAACGUCGGUACAAAAG